CUCUGUAUCACUCACAACUCACAAGACCUCUUAUCCUACUUCAACCCUUUACAGCUUCACACGUCUCCUUCUUCUUUUCCCAAUUUUCUUCAUUUUCAUCUCCAACCAACUUUCUUGCUGCUGAAAUACUCCGUAGCACCAUUCCUAUAUCAGCCAUUCAAGGUUGCUGUUGGCAGUGAUCACACUGAAGCAUGGCUUGCUCCUUUUGUUCGGUAGUUUCCAGUGAUGAAAGUUUCCUUCUUCACUCUAAAUCACGACUGCCUAUUGGUGAGAAGUAUAACCCAACUGGGGAUUAUUCUUAUGGUAGUGUAGUGGUGAGAAUGUAUUGCAGUAAACGGAACUCCAGAUACAUGAAGUUGAAGGCUAAUCAAAUUUGUAGAGGUCUUGGGUCAAGAUUUUCUAAUCUGUUUCGAUGUGAAAUGGACAAGGUUUCUUCAAUCUAUGACAAUAGCACAAGUAAACCUGAGAGAAAAAUGAAAUUCCAAUUUCAUGAUGCUGUGACAUUCACUGUUUGGAAGCAGUGGAGCUACGUCAGCAGUGCAGCAAUCUUAAUUAUAUUUACAUUAUUGGUCAUUCCAAAUGCUAAUGCUGUAGAUGCUCUCAAGACUUGUGCUUGCUUACUGAAGGAAUGCAGGGUGGAGCUCGCCAAGUGCGUUGCAAACCCAUCAUGUGCAGCUAACGUUGCUUGUCUUCAAACUUGCAAUAACAGACCCGAUGAAACUGAAUGCCAGAUAAAAUGUGGUGAUUUGUUUGAAAAUAGCGUUGUAGAUGAGUUCAAUGAGUGCGCAGUCUCGCGAAAGAAAUGCGUACCACGGAAAUCUGAUGCCGGCGAAUUUCCUGCACCUAACCCCGCUGAUCUUGUCCAGAACUUCAACAUGAAUGAUUUCAAUGGGAAGUGGUUUAUAACUAGUGGUUUAAAUCCUACAUUUGAUACCUUUGAUUGCCAAGUGCACGAGUUUCGUACAGAAUCAAACAAACUUGUGGGGAAUUUGUCAUGGCGAAUACGGACUCCAGAUACUGGAUUUUUCACACGAUCAGCUGUACAGAAAUUUGUCCAAGACCCAAAAUAUCCUGGAAUACUGUACAAUCAUGACAACGAGUUUCUUCACUACCAAGAUGACUGGUACAUUCUUUCAUCGAAGAUAGAAAACAGCCCUGAUGAUUAUGUAUUCGUCUACUAUCGAGGCAGGAACGAUGCAUGGGAUGGUUAUGGUGGUGCUGUGGUAUACACGAGAAGUGCAGUUUUGCCCGAAAACAUUGUACCUGAACUGAAAAGGGCUGCAAAAAGCGUAAACCGUGACUUCGACAAGUUUAUAAGGACAGACAACACUUGUGGACCCGAACCUCCUCUGGUUGAGAGAUUGGAAAAGACGGUGGAGGAAGGAGAGAAGACAAUAGUAAAAGAAGUCGAGGAGAUAGAAGAAGAAGUAGAAAAUGUGAAAAACACUGAGGUUUCUUUGUUUCAGAGAUUAGCAGAAGGAUUCAAAGAACUCCUAAAAGAUAAAGAUUAUUUCCUAAAUGAAUUGAGCAAAGAAGAAAUGGAAGUUUUGAAUGAACUGAAAAUGGAAGCAGGGGAGGUAGAAAAACUCUUUGGUGAAGCACUACCAAUAAGGAAAUUAAGAUAGUUUCUAAUUAAGUGAAAUGGUUGUUUUGAACUUUUGAGUAUAUAUUAAUUCAAAUUUACAGUAUAUUUACUUGUCAAUUCUUUCA